GAAUGUGACGUCAGAACGUGUUUGAGCCCGAAAAUGUUCGUCUGUGUUGUUAGAUUUCGAAGGAACUGGGGACUUUGCGAGGAAAUAAUACACAAUUUGCCGUGAGGAAGGCGAACGUAAAACAUAGAUUCAUACACCCUAGUUAGUUAUACUCCAACUGCGUACAAAGAUUGCGUUUUUCCGGUGACCCGAGUGGGGAGUUAGCGCGAUCGUUUUCCCGGAGUGAUGUCGAAUCCUGGGACUCGAAGGAACGGGUCCAGCAUCAAAAUCCGGCUGACAGUAUUAUGUGCCAAGAACCUCGCAAAGAAAGACUUCUUUCGGCUGCCCGAUCCGUUUGCCAAAGUGGUUGUGGACGGGUCGGGCCAAUGCCACUCCACUGACACCGUCAAGAGUACCCUCGACCCCAAGUGGAACCAGCACUAUGACCUAUACAUUGGGAAGACAGACUCCAUCACCAUCAGUGUGUGGAACCACAAGAAGAUCCAUAAACGGCAGGGUGCCGGGUUUCUGGGCUGCAUACGACUGCUCUCCAACGCCAUCAGCAGGCUAAAGGACACAGGCUACCAGCGCCUGGACCUGUGUAAACUGAACCCCUCAGACAGUGAUGCUGUCCGGGGGCAGAUUGUAGUGAGUUUGCAGACGCGAGACCGUAUAGGCAGUGGGGGUCCUGUGGUGGACUGUCGGGGUCUGUUAGAGAAUGAGGGGCCUGUGUUUGAGGGCUGUUUCAGCGAGGAGCCGCUGCCGUACUCAGACCCCACGGGCGCCGCAGGGGGAGGGACAUGCCGUCUGGACUCACCCAAUCAGGAAAGCAGGCUCCAGACCCAGCGAAUCAGAGGCCAGGACUCCAGAGGCCACGGCCACACCCCUCAGAACCGACCACAUGGACACCAGUCACCUGACCUGCCUGAAGGCUAUGAACAGAGGACCACGGUGCAGGGCCAGGUCUACUUCCUCCACACACAGACAGGGGUCAGCACCUGGCACGACCCCCGCAUACCCAGGGACCUGACCAGUGUUAGCUGUGAGGAGUUGGGUCCGCUGCCGGUUGGCUGGGAGGUCCGAAGCACAGUGUCCGGAAGGAUCUACUUUGUGGACCACAACAACCGAACCACUCAGUUUACUGAUCCCCGCCUACACACCAUCAUCAGUCAACACUCCCAGGUGAAGGAGUCGUCCCAGGCCCUGCCGGGGGGUCAGAUGGAGGUGGGGGGGGAGGAGGGGGGAGGAGGGGGAGGGGAGGGUGAGGUGGCAGUGCGUUAUGAGAGAGACCUGGUCCACAAGCUCAAACUACUGAGACAUGAGCUGUCUCUGCAGCAGCCUCAGGCUGGGCACUGUCGCAUCGAGGUGUCACGAGAAGAGAUCUUUGAGGAGUCCUACCGGCAGAUCAUGAAGAUGAGGCCCAAAGACCUGAAGAAGAGACUGAUGGUGAAGUUCAGAGGAGAGGAGGGCCUGGACUAUGGGGGCGUGGCCCGGGAGUGGUUGUACCUGCUGUGCCAUGAGAUGUUAAACCCCUACUACGGCCUGUUCCAGUACUCUACAGACAACAUCUACACACUCCAGAUCAACCCGGACUCUUCCAUCAACCCUGACCACCUGUCAUAUUUCCACUUUGUGGGCCGUGUGAUGGGGCUGGCUGUGUUCCACGGUCACUACAUCAACGGAGGCUUCACCCUGCCCUUCUACAAGCAGCUGCUGGGCAAGCCCAUCCAGCUGGGAGACCUGGAGACCACUGACCCUGAGCUGCACAAGAGUCUGGUCUGGAUCCUGGAGAACGACAUCACAUCAGUCCUGGACCACACCUUCUGUGUGGAACACAACGCCUUUGGGAAGUUCAUGCAACAUGAAUUGAAACCUAAUGGUCGGAACAUCCCUGUUACAGAGGACAACAAGAAGGAGUAUGUGAGGCUCUAUGUGAACUGGAGGUUCAUGCGUGGCAUCGAGGCCCAGUUCCUGGCGCUUCAGAAGGGCUUCAGUGAGCUCAUCCCUCAGCAUCUCCUCAAACCCUUCGAUCACAAGGAGCUGGAGCUGAUCAUUGGUGGUCUGGGGAAGAUCGACCUGGCGGACUGGAAGGCCAACACACGUCUGAAGCACUGUCUGUGUGACAGCAACGUGGUGCGCUGGUUCUGGCAGGCGGUGGAGGCCUUCAGCGAGGACAGGAGAGGACGCCUGCUGCAGUUUGUCACCGGCUCCACACGGGUCCCUUUACAGGGCUUCAAAGCACUACAGGGUUCUACAGGUUCUGCAGGCCCAAGGCUCUUCACCAUCCAUCUGAUAGACGCAAACACGGACAACCUGCCCAAGGCACACACAUGUUUCAACAGAAUAGACAUCCCACCGUAUGAGACCUAUGACAAGCUGUAUGAGAAGCUGCUGACUGCAGUGGAGGAGACCUGUGGCUUCGCCGUGGAGUGACUCGCUGGGUUUGACUCGCCGUGGAGUGACUCGCUGGGUUUGACUCGCCGCGGAGUGACUCGGCGUGGAGUGACUCGGCGUGGAGUGACUCGGCGUGGAGUGACUCGGCGUGGAGUGACUCGCUGGGAGUGACUCGGCGUGGAGUGACUCGCCAUGGAGUGACUCACUCUCUUAUGUUCAUGUGUUCUCCAACACCUAGCACAGACAUCUUUAUACAAAUGCUUACGCAGAUAAACGUACAAACAGUGAUGGUUGGUGUCACAAUAAACCCAAACCUGCUUCACACACACAUACACUCUCUCUCUCUCCGCCCUGCCCCACCCUCUCUGGACAGCUGAGGGGUUUGGGGAGGGGGGGGGCGGGGGAUGAGCGAAAAAGUAUUUUAGAGUUUUUCAGAUGUUUUGAAGAAGCAUUUUUAUCCUUCAGUUUUAAUGAGCUAUGAUGUCAUUCUUCAGAACACCAACAGUGACUAUGUCUCUGAUGAUCCUCCAAUCACACACAGUCUCUGAUACGGUCUGUAUCUGAGGUCAACCAAUCAGACGCCUCAGCAGAAAGCAGCGACCAAUGGUCUGACAAGCAGAUUGAUUUAAUAGUAUUCAUGCUUCAUGUUUAACCACUGUUUUGUGUGUGUGGGGGGGAUUAUUUCUGUAUGUAUGCGAAUAUGUGUGCAUGCCUGUUGUGAGUGUAUGUGCGUCUGUCUGUUGUGUGUGUGUGUCUUGCAUGGAACCUGGUUAUUAUUUUUAUAAAUGAUCAAACAAGCCUCUGUUUAGGUUGUGACCGCUCUGAUCCACUCUGACCGUUCAUGUCUGAGUACUAUUUAUUACCGUGUGAUUACUGACCAUGCUGCUACGCUCAACACGAGCCCACACUAAACUCUUCUGUUAGUUCCCAACCUGACUUUUAAUCCCAAAUUGAGUUUGUAGUCUGAUGGCACACAGAGGUCCUCUGACCUUUGACCUGCAUGUAUUCAGUUAGCAGUGCUGUGGGCGAACCCCGUGGAGGGUUCAUGUUCCUGUGUGUGAAAUAUGCAAUAAAGAGAUCCAACCCUUUCAUUCACAGCUCUCUCUCUCUCUCUAUCUAGCUCUAUCUAUCUCUCUCUCUGUAUCUAUCUCUAUCUAGCUCUGUCUAUCUCUAUCUAUCUCUCUCUCCAUCUGUCUCCCUCUACUGUGUGUCUGUCAGUCUGUCUGUCCCUGUGUUCAGCUCAUUGGGGGUUUCUUGUGUUUUGUUUCCUUUCCAGACCACCAUGAAUGAACAUUUUUAACACAUUAAAACUACAUAGAAGUGAAUGAAACCCAAGCUAAAUGUUGAGCGUGUUGGGAUGCAUUGUAGGUGGAAGAUGACUGUUUGCAGUAUCGUUACAAUCUACAAGCUUUAGGUUCUGAAUUCAUUGUGUAAUGAAUGCAAGCGUAUUGUAACUUACUAUGUACUAAACAUUUAUGAAAAAAUACAAUGUAAAUAAGAUUAUAUUAAAGAAACUAA